GUUCCUCUGGAACUGCGAAGCACAACAGUCCACAGCUCAAGGAGCGCAUUCUUUGGGAAUCCUUAUACAGACAGGAGUUUUACAAGACGGCUCGGGACUAUUUGCACACCCGCAUUCAAAGAUUCCUACAUGAUGCGGAAGCCAUCCAGAUGAUCUCCCUUAACAGACCAACUAAAAGUCCGGGGUAUUCCACUGGGGUGAGGCGAGAUGGCCCAAGUGGCUUGGGCAACCUGGCAGUAUCCCUACCCUCAUGCUUCCUUCUGGUGGCAUGGCCGCUAGGCACCAAAAGGGUGUUACAGCUGAACGAUUAUUAUUAUUAUUCCGCUGUGUCGGAGAGAAAAAGGCUCACGGAAGGGAACACAAUAGCUAGAUUCCAACAAAGUGGUUGCGAGAGCGCGAGUGCGUGCGAGUGCGAAAAGUACAACGGCCUGAAGCAUUUUAUUGGAAGGACACUGCCUGAACUUGGUCCAAUGCUGACGCACGCGGUCUGGCUUUGGUACGAGGCGGCGACGUGCUGCAUAUUGCGGAGGCGUUGUCUGACAUUGAUCAACGCUGACUCGAGCU